CGGCCACCUUCAGCCCUCCUUGGAACAACAGCAACAAAGGACGCCGCGGCUGGGGAAUGUCCCCGCGGCGGGGGCACUGAGCCGCGCCUCGCCCCGCUGCUGCCCGCGGCGGCGGAGGGAAGGCGGUCGGCGGGUGUCGACGCUCCUGUCCCCUGGGCGCACCGGGUGUGAAGCCGGGGCAGGGCGGGGAGUCUCGCCGCGAGAGCCGCGCUGCGAGGGAGACCCGCCGCGGCCGGAGCCAUGUUCCCCCAGAGCCGGCACCCCACCCCGCACCAGGCUGCGGGCCAGCCUUUCAAAUUCACCAUCCCGGAGUCGCUGGACCGCAUCAAAGAGGAGUUCCAGUUCCUCCAGGCGCAGUACCACAGCCUUAAAUUGGAAUGUGAGAAACUGGCAAGCGAAAAGACAGAAAUGCAGAGGCAUUAUGUGAUGUACUAUGAAAUGUCGUAUGGAUUAAACAUUGAAAUGCACAAACAGACAGAAAUUGCGAAGAGAUUGAAUACAAUUUGUGCACAAGUCAUCCCAUUUUUGUCUCAGGAACAUCAGCAACAAGUGGCCCAAGCUGUAGAACGUGCCAAACAAGUGACCAUGGCUGAAUUGAAUGCCAUCAUCGGGGUACGUGGCCUUCCAGGUCUACCUCCUACACAGCAGCAGUUGCAGGCUCAGCAUCUCUCCCAUGGCCACGGACCUCCAGUGCCUCUAACACCGCAUCCAUCAGGACUUCAGCCUCCAGGAAUCCCUCCACUUGGAAGCAGUGCUGGCCUUCUUGCCCUCUCCAGUGCUUUGGGUGGGCAGUCUCACUUGGCAAUAAAAGAUGACAAGAAGCAUCACGAUGCAGACCACCACAGAGACAGAGAGCCAGGCACAAGUAAUUCUCUGUUGGUCCCCGACAGUCUACGAAGCACAGAUAAACGCAGGAAUGGCCCUGAAUAUGCCAAUGACAUCAAAAAGAGAAAGGUGGAUGAUAAGGAUUCCAGCCACUAUGACAGUGAUGGGGACAAGAGUGACGAUAACUUGGUUGUAGAUGUAUCCAAUGAGGAUCCUUCUUCCCCAAGGGCAAGUCCCACUCAUUCACCCCGUGAAAACGGUAUUGAUAAAGCCCGCCUACUGAAGAAGGAUGCCUCCAGCAGCCCAGCAUCUACAGCUUCUUCAGGAAGUUCCACUUCCCUCAAAUCCAAGGAAAUGGGUCUGCAUGAAAAAGCCAGCACGCCUGUUCUGAAAUCCAGCACACCAACUCCUCGAGGUGAUGUGCCAACCCCAGGCACUAGUGCAACUCCAGGACUCCGUCCAGGCCUUGGCAAACCUCCAACAAUGGACCCUCUGGUUAACCAAGCUGCUGCAGGUUUGCGGACCCCGUUGGCAGUACCAGGACCAUACCCUGCUCCGUUUGGAAUGGUACCUCACGCUGGCAUGAAUGGAGAGUUAACCAGUCCAGGGGCAGCCUAUGCCAGUCUGCACAAUAUGUCACCCCAGAUGAGUGCUGCUGCUGCUGCAGCUGCCGUGGUCGCCUAUGGAAGAUCUCCUAUGGUUGGGUUUGAUCCUCCUCCUCACAUGAGAGUACCUGGAAUCCCUCCAAAUCUAGCAGGGAUUCCUGGGGGAAAACCAGCCUACUCCUUUCACGUUACUGCGGAUGGUCAGAUGCAGCCAGUUCCUUUCCCUCCUGAUGCCCUCAUCGGUCCAGGAAUCCCUCGCCACGCCCGUCAGAUCAACACUCUGAACCACGGGGAAGUUGUGUGUGCAGUUACCAUCAGCAACCCCACGAGACACGUGUACACGGGUGGGAAGGGAUGUGUCAAGGUUUGGGACAUCAGCCAGCCUGGCAACAAGAGCCCCGUCUCUCAGCUGGACUGCCUGAACAGAGAUAACUACAUCCGCUCCUGUAAAUUGCUGCCCGAUGGAUGCACCCUCAUCGUUGGCGGGGAAGCCAGCACAUUAUCCAUAUGGGACCUGGCAGCUCCAACUCCUCGCAUCAAAGCAGAGCUGACAUCCUCAGCACCUGCCUGCUAUGCUCUGGCUAUCAGCCCUGACUCCAAGGUGUGCUUUUCCUGCUGCAGUGAUGGGAACAUUGCAGUGUGGGAUCUGCAUAACCAGACAUUGGUCAGGCAAUUCCAGGGCCACACAGAUGGAGCCAGCUGUAUUGACAUUUCUAAUGAUGGUACCAAGCUCUGGACAGGAGGUUUGGAUAACACUGUCAGAUCCUGGGACUUGAGAGAAGGGAGACAGCUACAACAGCAUGACUUCACAUCACAGAUAUUUUCCCUUGGGUAUUGUCCUACUGGUGAAUGGCUAGCUGUGGGAAUGGAGAGCAGCAAUGUCGAAGUGCUACAUGUAAAUAAACCAGACAAGUAUCAACUGCACCUUCAUGAGAGCUGUGUAUUGUCACUCAAAUUUGCUUACUGUGGUAAAUGGUUUGUGAGUACUGGGAAAGAUAACCUUCUUAAUGCAUGGAGAACUCCAUAUGGAGCCAGUAUCUUCCAGUCCAAAGAAUCUUCAUCAGUGCUUAGCUGUGACAUCUCUGUGGAUGAUAAGUACAUUGUCACUGGCUCUGGAGACAAAAAAGCUACAGUCUAUGAAGUUAUCUACUGAAAAAUAUGAUGGGGAUAUUCUUUUAGAGGUUGAACUGGGCCAAAAUUGUUUGUAGAAGUAGAAAGGUUUUGAAUUUUUGAAAGGAACAAAAGUGUUGAGGUUCCAGACCUUGCCAUGAAACUACUCCGAUUUUUCAAAAUAGAACGCAACGUCCUGCAACUAAGUAUUGGCUACGUGGACCAGACGGAACACAGAGGCAAGAUGGACAAAUGUAGCCUAGGUUUUUGACAUAAUUUUUAAAAGCCAAGUCUACUGAAGAAUGUUGGAGCCUUUUAUUUUUUUCUUUUUGUGACCUCAUGCAAUUUUUUCUCAUUGCCUGAAUAUGGGGGAUAAAUACCUUUCUGUUCCUUGCAGUUCAAGUUGCAUUCUGUCCUGGGUAGAGCAGCAGUGUCUCAGAUGAACUUGUUUCCUGGUUUUGCAUCUUGUGAUAUGUUUUUGUAUUUUUGUUGAAGGUCAAACAUUUGUAUAAAUUGUAAAUAUAUUUAGUUUACUACAGUAAAGGCUUUAGUACCAACAACCAGUCUUCCCCCUUGCCCCCUCCCUGCUUGCCCUGCUUAUUUAAAAUUAAAAACCUUUUGGGGAUAUAAGUACCUUUUUAGAAGCAAGAGCAAACACUAUGUAUAGUUUGAAAAUGGUGUCUUAUUCUUUAUAACUGUUCUUAGAUUCCUUUAUCAUACUUCAAAGUAGUUGAUUUGACAUACUAGGAUAUCAAGUCCAGUAGAUAUUGUCUUGUUCUACAGAAAACUUAAAGGCAGUUUUGUACUAAUUAUAGUGUAAAUACAAAAAUUGAACAUUUCAUAAAGCUGUGCAGUUUAUUUUGAUGUCCCAUGUAUAUGUUCUUUGGCAGAUACAGUAAUAUGUGCCUGAUCAUAACACAUUUGGUCAUUUCUCUAGGAGAGGAGGUGUCUUCCCUGUCCUUUUUCCCCCACAGCUGAACAGAAUUCAUGUGAAACUACAUUUCAACUAAGUACAUCAGAGCCUUUAUUUGUUAUAUGAGGAUGUCUGUGAUUAGAGAAGUUGCAUCCUUCAUGUGUUACAGAGAAGUGGUAGUUAAUGGCCAUUUCCUUUUUAAAAUCUUAUCUAUACUUAGAUACUCAGGUAAAUUUAACUAAAUUACCAAAAGUGUGAGUUUACAGGGGAUUUCCUAAAGAUGUAUUAAUACUUGCAGGGUAGCAAGUGAAGUGAAUUAACCUAAACUAAGUUAAAAUCGCUUCUUAAUUUCUUGUGAGAAUAAUGACAAAGGAAUAUUUUGAUUUUUAACUAAACCACCCUACGAAUUAAUUAGAAUUAAUUUUCCUGAGUGUCCUAUGUUAUGCAGGCCUGUAGGCUCUAUGUAUUCAUGCUGAGCAAUCUGUGAGUCCUUUCCAUUGUUGCAUCACUGUGUGACAUCUGUGAAGAGCCAUGAUAAGCAGCCAGUUACCAAAGCUAUGCAUCUUCAAGUUUUCUUGGUGUACUCAAGAGCAAUGGAUGAGGAGAGAAUGUGUUCACUUUAUUUAACUAUUAUUUUUUCAGGCUAAUGUGUUCUACCACUGUGUGCUAGACAACAGACUUAGCUGUUGCACUGGUGGGAGCUGUACAUUUCCUACAUUCUGUAAUUUGGUUAUAAUUUCUGUUGCUAAUGGAGAGCACAGAUGAACAGAAGGAUAUCUUUGAACAAUUAAUUUAGAUUACGCAAACUGGCAGACAGAAGAAGAGCUGCUUUCUCAUUUUCCUAGCAUUUGACGAUGGCCUAUAUCCCUGCUCUUUCAAAGACACAUAGGUAGGAAGAAACAAGCUUGACUGACAGAUGUGUUGAUUGGAUAAAGAAUUUUUCAUGUGGGGGCAAAUUUUAUCUAAGAUUCUAGUCUGAAGGGACAUAGGUUUUCCUUUUGAUUUACAUGACCGUUCUACUGAAACCAAAUUAUAGCGUCUAAAACGGUAAUAGCCUUAACAUACUAACAUUCCAUCCAGAAUGUAAAAUAUUACCCAUUCAGGAUAAUCUGGUCUCCUAGAAUUUUAAAAAUAGCAUUGUAUCAAUAUGUAUCCAUAUAUUUCUUUGUUGAUUUUUAAUUGUUAAUUUGUAUCUGUAUGAAAAUGACAGACAAGUUUAGAUGCUGGGCAUGUUGCUUUCAGACAUAGUGGGGCAGAAAGCAGAAUCAUGAGGCUUUUCAGAGAAUUAACUGUAUUUGCUACACUGAAAUACUGGGAAGUGCUGUGCCAUUUUUACAAGGGAAAGUUUUAAAACAAGAGUAUUUACAAGAUUACUUGAUUUUUACACUUUUCAUAUUGAAAUUUGUCUGAAUAUCUGGUUCUGGCAAUGAUCAUUGACUUUAGCAGCACUGGCAAAUUUGCUUUAAUUAGGAUCUUUUGGAUUUUUGCCAAACUGCUAUCACCUUGGCUUUUACUUUAUAAGUAUCCUUUUGCUGUUCUCUGAAGUCAACAUCACAGGAGCCAAGAAUGCAAAUAUUCUUACACAUCUAUAUCAAUUUAAAAAGACCCAACAAGUGUAAUUGGUCUGCUGUAUGUUGUGGCAUAGGGCUUGCCAGCAAGGUCACACUUGUCAAUCCGGAGGUUCAAAAUCAUAGUGUCAGGAGAAUCAUAAAAUACCUUGUUUUCUUGACUUCUAGAAUGUACAAUGAGUCAGAGCAAUUAUGGAAUCAGAAAUUUAUGUGCAUGAAUUUAAUCAUAUUUGUACCAUGUAUUUCUUGAUUGUAAUUAAGAAAUUAAUUCCUUUUUUCCCCCCUAUUAUAAGCCUUGGAUCUGAAAAUUAGGGGAUACAUCUGAAAGCUUCUGGAUGCAUCAUCCAUACUUGUGGAUGAGUAGUUCUCUCCAUCUGUUGUUUCGGAUUUCACUUAAUGUUUAUAAAAUUGUGAGUCUUUUGAUUUGUCAAGAGAGUAAAGCAUAUUCUACUUGCAGAUGUAAUUUUUAAUGAAAAGAGAGGUUUGCUGAACUUCUAGCAUGUCUGUCUACACAAUCACCUAAAAGAUGUAAAACUUGUGAAGCUUAAAACUUCUGUAAGAUCUUUUAGCCCUGUGUAAAGUGGUGGGUGGAAAUAAUUGCUCACUGAAUGAAGAAACAGACUAACCAAGGUCAGCAGUAACAGAAAAGGCACAGGGGAAACCAUGUGGAGAAGAGAAGUGCAUCAGUAGCUAUUGUAUAGGUAAUUCUGUUUUUUGUGGGAGGUCAACCUAAAUACAGUCCUAAAAGAUUCCUUUGGUUAGCGCCUUUUGGGACAGUCUUUGUGUGCUAGGUGGCCUUCAGUACUCAGAGAUGUCUCAAUGGCACUCUGGUAAAUGCCAGUUCUGGAUAGAAGCAGGGAGUCCUUACAAAAGACAUUUUGGAUGUCAAUGCAAACAAUAACUGAUGAAGAGGGGAUUUGUGGUGAUACCAAUUCAACUGAACAAAAUCCUUUGUCAGCUUUAAUAUGUAUAUGUUGUGUAUGUGCACUUGGUAUAACCCUUCAUAAAUCAGUUGUGCAGAAAGUCAUGAUAUCAUUCCACACAAUGUAUUUGUCAGUGUGUCAGAUGUUCUUUUCAAUUAUAAUUCCAAGCAAUGGCAGUUCCCCAUGUUAGCCUACAAGCUGCUGGUGUCUUGAGAGGGAAUUUUCAUCUACAUUAGUUCUUUCUAAUUCAUUUGGCAUGUCAAAGGCUUUUGUUCUUUUAAAGGAAAGACAGACCACUAAAUGAACAUCAUUUUCACAGACUGUUAUAACAAGCGUUAUUUUUUAAUAUAAACAUCAAUGUAGAAUCUAUUAAUGAAUGAUUGACCAUAAUUUUUGGGUCACAUUUUUGCAUUGGUGUGAUACAAGUAGAAUUUCAGAAGCUUCUAAGUUACUCAAGUGGCUUUAACUCAGAUUGACAAACUGAUUUUUUCUUUGGUGUUUAAUUCCUGAUAAAGUUUUUUGUUUGUUUGUAGUUUUGUGGAAUGGCUGGCCCACUUAGGAUCCCAAGGGAUUAUGUAGUCUAGGUAAAAUAGUCUUUCAUAUUUUCUAUUUUAUUGGUGCAAUUUUGAGUUGAUGGGGAAAUUCCACCAUUCUAUUAAUUAAGAAAGGUGGAUUUUGAAGUUUUUUGGCUAAGGAGGAGUACAGACUUCUGAUUUCGCACUACUGAUAAAGUGUUUACCCCUUAAAUCACUUCACUGGAUAAUCUGGACUGACUCCAACUCUGCUGUCUCUUUGAAGGAUUUUGGGUUUUUUCUCCUACCACAAGCGCACAGAAAGAAUUUGAGUAUGUAGGUUUAUGUAAGACUUCAGCCAAUUCAUUCGGUCCUGCCAGACAGACAUAAUUCAUUACAUAAUGGGAAAGGUGGAGUAACUCAGAGUUGAACCUGAUAAACACCAGAAUGCAGGUGAGUUAUGGCACAGAAAUUCAUGGACAGAACCACUUGAGUUAAAAAAGCCCUCCAAGAUGAUCUAGUCCAAUCUCUGACUGAAUAUUACGUGUAAACUAAACCAUAGCAUUAUGUGCUGCAUCCAGUCAUUUCUUGAACACCUGUGGGAUGGAUGACUCUACCACCUCCCUGGGCAGCCUGCUCCAAUGCUUGACAACUUCAUGAGAAAAUUCUUCCUGAGGUCCAACCUGAACCUCCCCUGGCUUAGCUUGAAGCUGUGACCUCUUGUCCUGUGGUCGAGAGGAGAGACCAAGUGACACCCAACUUGCUACAACCUCAUUUCAGGGAGUUGUAGAGUGAGCCUUUUCUCCAGUCUAAACAAUCUCAGCUCCCUCAGCCACUCCUUAAAAGACUUGUGCUCCAGACCCUUCACCAGCUUCUUUGCCCUUCUCUGAACACACCUCAAUGUCCUUCUCAUGAGUGGCCUAAAACAGAACAUGGGAUUUGAGGUGCAGCCUUUCCAGUGACAGGGGCAGGGAAAAUCCCAGCCCCAGUCCUGCUAGCCACACUAUUGCUGACACAAACAAGGACACUAUCAGUCACCUUGGACACCUGGUCACACUGCAGGACAAGAGGAAAUGAGAACUAGAAACACAUACAUUUUAGGUGUAAUCUAACAUGCAAUCUAUGCAAUUCAUCUAGAAUGAGAUUUCAGUCAGAGAGUUUACUGACAUCUGUUUCUCUAUAAAGUUGUUCAAAUGUUUCUGCAGUUAUUCAAGGACCCUUGAGUUGUGUGUUUGAACUAGAAGUGGACAUUUCUUUGAUAUCCAUAAACAUCUAGUCAUCUCAUGCUAAGAGGGAAAAAGAGUUAACUCACAGCCAGUUCUCUACAUUUACCAUUACCUUUUAUUUCUGUAGCUCAAGAUCUGCUUCCAAGCACUCGAUAAUCCCAUUUUCAGCAACAUGCUCCCAAAUGGCCCACUGCAGCUUACACGCUUAGUGCUGUGUGGUAGGUUUUGCUAGGGAAAUCAGACAUGUAAGAACUGGGUGCUUGAAAAAUCUGUCCUAUGGGUCUAUCUUACUGACAUUUCUGAGAAAUUUACCCAGGAUUUCUGCUUAGCUAUAUAGGAGAGCUCAAACACUCACUGAAACAUUUUCUAAAUCAGCAAAAAGUGUGUUUUGAACAUAUUUUAAGCACAUGGGUAGGCUUGGGGGUUUUUUGGUUUGGUUUGUGGUUUUUCACUAUUUUCUGUUGAUUGAUUUUUUUUUUUUCUUCUGACAUUACUUUAAAAGUAUGAAUUGAAUAUAACAAGAAAACAUGAAGGGAAAUCAGAAGAAUGAAUAAUAGUCUUCAGAGGGCAGAAUGUUGUUGAAGAUGCAAAGAACCUACUGCUUCUGUGAUACAUUAAUUCUUGAGAGAGCUGGAUUUCUAUUUCCUUGAGGCUAAAAGUGCUGCUCACAAAACUGAAUACCAAAAAUGUCUGUUGUGGGGACAAAUGUUAGUUAUCAUUUUCAAAUCUGAGCAGGGUUUUUUGUGGGGUUUAGGUUGUUUGGGGUUUGCCCUCCCCAUAUUUCUUAGAUCUGGGUCUCACAGUUCACUCUGAGAAGCUGAACAACAGUCCGUGUUCUUUCUGGCUCUAUGCUCUACUAUACAUUAGUAAGAAUUUAGUUGCCUGUUAAUGAUAUACAGUAUACAGGAAAAUCUGAUUGAAUAUUUCAGUGGAUAGCUGCAUAAUUAUAUUGGGCAGUGUCUGGUGUAAUGAUUUCCCUUACUAAUGCAAGCCCUCAGAUAUAGGAUAGCUGCAUUAUUCUAUACUCAUAUUUUCAUUGUUUAUGAAUCCCUGGUUUGGCAUAGUUGACUCUUCAUAGAAAAAAUUCUGUGAUGGUUUCUUUGGUAAAACAUAAAAUUAUGAGAUUUUUCCUGUCCUAUAAUUUCACAUGUGAUUUUGCCCAUAUUUUUAAGAUUAUGUUGAUUCAUAGAAGAGAUGCUGCAAGCAACUCAACAUUUAUAUUGUGUACAGCUUGGCAAGGGUUGCCUUUGCUAUGUUCACAGCACAAAGGUAUCACUCAAACCCUGUUUCAAAACCCUGUUUUCUGCCAAAAAUUAGUUUGAGGUGAAGAUAACACAUGGUCUGGAGACUAAGCAAUCAAACAUACUGUUAUCAUUAUCCCUUUUGUAUACUCUGUCAUUAACAUAGAAAAUGGAGAUGAUAGCCUGUAACCGCAAACAAUAAAUGCUGUUUUUCCUUUGAGCACUGAUUUUAAUGGCAGUUUAAAAAAGUUAACAAGCAGAAUGAAGGGGUCAUAAAUGAAAGUUAACCCACAGCAGUUGGAAACUGAGAAAUCUGUUACUUUUGUGGUAGUGAGCCUAAUUUGUUUAAAAUAAAAUCCAUCUGCUCAUUUCA